AUGGGUUGCAAGAAGGCAGUUGCUGAUGAUCUUCUGGCCGACAUCCCGAAUGUUGUCGCCGUCCAAUCUUUAUCUUCCCAAUCUCAACCCAAACCAAAACCAAAGAGGCUGAAGAAAGCCCAACCUAAGGCAAUGGUGACUCAGAUUGACACUGAGGAUACCUUGCAAAUUUCAAAACUAGCCGAGGGCGAGAAGACCUCCUCCGCCGCCGAGGCCCCCUCAAUCACAAUUGAGGACAAACCAGUCAGAGCUGGUGACAGCGCCGAUGAUAUCGAAGACGGUGUUGUCCUCUCUAUUGCCUUGCUCCUUCCCAAAGACCUUGACCGCAACGCCGAGGUCAGCGAAUAUGAAAAUUUCACUAUGAUGUUGCAUCACUCCGUAAAAGCGAUCCAGCACACCUACUCCUUCGCGAUACAAGCUUUUGACAUCAAGAAAGAGUUGGUCAACAAGGCCAAAGAGGCUGCAAACUUACUGAAAAGUAUUAAUAAGGCCGAGGCCAAGAUGAAGACUUUGAUGGAUCAAGCCAAGGCAGCAAAACAAGCCCAAGAAGAGGCCGAUGAGAGGGUGGGCGCUGCUGAGGCCAUUGCUAAGGUGCAUGAGACCGAGAAAAAAGAGGCCGACGCAAAGACUACCAAAGCCCAAGUCGAGGUCAUUGCAGCCUUGGCCACAAAGGACGCCGAGAUCAAGGUAGCGGAUGAGAAAACAUGCGUCGAGGGGGUAGCCGACGUCCGUGAGGACUACAAGAAGCAAGUGAAACAGGCAUGCAACAAGGGUUUCACCCUUGGUUGGAUGGCCGCUUUAAAGGAGUUGGCUAUCCCCGAGGACUCCCCUCUUAAAGAUGGUAGCCGACUCGUCCUGCCAUUCCCCUUUACUCUAAGCCAAUCUGAGGACGAGGCUGAGUCCGAGGAGGAAGCUGAGGCCGAUAAGUCUGAGAAGGCUGAAGAAGCUGGGGCCAAGUCCCCAACUAUGAAUGAGCAAGUCUUAGACUUGACUUUGGAUGAGGAUGGUGAGGUCUCCAAAGGUGCCUCAUCCCAGAGGACAACAUUCGAGGUGCCAAUCGUCGAAAGGGGCAUUGAUCAAUCUCUUCGAGAGAUCGACGUUGAACUCGAGGCUGAGAAGGCCGCCGAGGAAAUUGUUGUCUUCUGGGGCCGAGAAACGGCCCGUUACUGA